AUGGGCGGGUGUUGGCAGCGAGAUGUGGGGCAAGGACAACUUAUUCUCGGGAGCACCGGCUCAGUGGUCGGUCAUUUGGGACACAUCACUGUCGUCAUGCGGCAUUCGAUUUCCAUUGUUGCCCUCAUCGGCCUCGUUACAGUUAUAGCUCUUCAUUCUUCCUAUUGUAUAGCCGAAGAUCCUCUGGAAACUUCUGACAAAGAGAAACCGAAAACUCAAGAUGCCGCUAAAAGGUGA